AACUGCAAUAACCAUCAAUUGAACCAAAGCCAUGCUUCCAAGAGCAAUCUUAAAAUCGAUACGAGUGCCGGUGUCGAGGGUUUACUCCACGGCCCGGUCACCCGCUUUACUACUGAAAUUGAGGUAUAUUUCAUCAUUUACCGUUUCAUUUGUUCACCCGGAAGAGUUCUCACUAGAUCACCCCACAGGGCCGAUCUCAAGGAUGCUAUGCGAAACAAAGAUGCCAAUAGGCUUAACGUCAUUCGAGUAAUCCUCCUAUUUGUCUAAGUGCUUACUCUAAUGAUGCUGACCAUGCUCUAGGGAAUUCUUUCGGACAUAAGUAAUGCCUCUAAAACGACCAACCCUCCUUCAACUGACCUCGACAUCCUUUCUCUGAUUAAUAAGACAAGGACAAAGUCCUUAGCUUCUAUUGCUGAAUUCCGCGAGGCGGGGAGAGGGGACUUGGUCGAAAAAGAGACUGGUCAGGUUGCUAUCCUGGAUACUUACGCUGGGAUGGUGGAGAAAGUAGCGGAAGAGGAGAUCGAGGCUGUAGUAAAUGGAGUUAUCAAGGCUGCGAAGGAGGCUGGGGAAAAGGUCGAUAUCGGUAGCAUCAUGAAGAAAACCCUUGUCGAGUUGGCUGGAAAGCCGGCCGUGAAAGCUGAGAUUGCGGUGAUUGUUAAAGAAGCAAUCAGAACUGCCUAGGCACCGUGCCCGUAUACAAUCUAGGUCAGGUAUAUUGCAUCAAAGCCCUAAACAUGCUGAGCCAGGGAUAGGCCGUGGUUGAGGGAGACACGUUCAAAGGACAGAUUCUCGUUUGGGCUCCUAAGCUCCGUGCUCCAUGUGAUUGAACAAAAGUGCUGUAUACAGUAUCUUGCACACUUCAGGUAUGGGGUUUGUUGCGUAUUACCAAAUCCACCAUCCCGUGUAACUUAUAUCACAUCUCUGCUCAAGUCUAGGUGUAUUGAGGGUCCUCAGGGCCGAAGGGGAAGCGGGAGGAGACUGGGCCAGAAACCUGGCGUUUCCGGUAGUAAGAACCAUGGCCAUCCGAUCUCUGGUGCCUCGUACCCGCACCUACCCGUAACCCAAUGGCCAGACACAGAAAUGUAGGAGCAAGCCCCACCGGCAAUUCCGAAGGAUCGCAAUGAACACACACCAUUCAAUUAAUCAAGCAUUACCAACCUCCUCCCCCACCCUCUCAGCCAAAUCCACCAAAUGCCCUGUACGGACAACCAAUUCUUCAUACCUAACAAUAAACACAGUAGCACUCUCGUCCUCCUCAUCCUCCUCCCCUUCCUCCAUGGGCGCAAACCUACUCUCGGCAACCUUCAUACGAAGCCCUACAUUCCGCAAUUCAUCCAACCAGAAUACCUCCGCACCCCCGGUAGCCCUAGAAGCAGCGCGCAACCAGGACCUACGAAUCCGGAAGAAACUUUCUUUUUCCGAGAUUUGCACUGCACGGGUGAACGUCGACCCCCGAGGACUUGAUUUAACAAGUACGGAGGAGGCGCAUAGUUGUGUGAAGUACUCUGAUGCAUCGAAGGGGAGGGUAGUGGUUACGAACGGGAGACCCGGAAGUUCUUUCGGUUCACCACCACCAUCAGCCUUGGGGAGGUCGUUGAUUUGAGGUGGUGGUGAUGGUACCUGGGGCUUGGCCUGGGAGCGCUUUGUUCCGGAGGGGAGGGGGCGGAAGUGUGCGUAUAGGUCCCCGAUAUUAGUCGGGGUGGUCUGGGAUGCGGUAACGUAAGAGCCUUUGUACCAGCAGUAGUGGUAGGGGGCGUGAAACUGUGAUGCCUACCGUAUUAGCCAUCGUUCCUCCUCUUUAGUGGGAGAGAGAGAGAGCAUACCCGAUUACUAGGCGAAGAACACUGAAACACCAAAUCAUGCCCCUCCAAAAUCUCCAUGGCCCGAAACCUCUUCCGAGCGAUGAACUCGACAGAGCUACAGAUCCUCUUCGAAACCCUAGCCACCCGCAACAAUACCUUAGUGGGCAGAUACGAGAGUAUACCCUCCAAAAGCUCCCCAGGGAGCGAAUUCAAGCCCACCACCGUAGACAUCGAACCAAAAUACCGGUAUGGCAGUAAAGUAUAGUAGUAAAGUAAACGGUAUAAAACCCCAGACACAAGAUCCCAUGCUCGACGAGCCCUUCCUUCCUCCUUCCGGAGAAUAUUUAUUAUAUUUUACUCCCCGUGGCAUUCUGAACGGGACCGUGGAGGGGAAGCGUAGCCGUAGGGGUGGUCGUUUUCUCGGGGCGGCGAAGACUUCCCUUCCUUGCCGUAAUGUGCCCGUAUUAGCU